AAGGCCAACGCCGGAAUCGUCCUUCGACUCCUUCCUCCGCAAUCCGCCACAGAGAACACCGGAACCCUCGGGAAGCUUCGAGAAGACGCCCGCGCGGAGCCCCCAUGGAGAAGGAGAAGCAGAAGCAGGGUGCCGACGGCGCCCUCCUCCUCGCGCUGCGCUGCUCCAGGGCGUCUCUCCUCCUCUCCUCCCUCCGCCAGCCACCUCCCUCGACGGCGGCGACCCGCCGGACCUCAUCCUCCGUGGAGUUCGAGCUCCGGAACGCGCGCCUCCUCGACGCCGAGCUCGCGGCGGCGCGGCGCGCGGCUGCCAGAAGCGCGCGGGUGUCCGCCGCUGAGAUUCUCUUCGUCGUUGCUCUGGUCCCCCUCCUCAUCCUCUUCGUCGCGCUUCUCGCGAGCGCUGCCGCGGAAGCGGUCGCUUGACCCGCGUCGACGACGUCAUGAGAUUCUGCGGCGACCCAACCCAAAGCCUCUGUGUUAAUUCCCCCCUUCCGGGCUCCGUAAGUUGACUCUUGUUGUUCUUCAGCUGAGAAAGGAAGCUGGUAUCUCGAUUGUGGUACGGGCCUGUAUGUAGGGUAGGUGUUCGACCAAAUGCAUGUUCCUUCGUAGAUGCGUGCACAGGGUAAGGCUAAGAUUGUAGUGAUGACCAGGAGAUCAGACGAAAUCAUAGUGUGGUGAAUGGUGCCUGUCUCAUUGGGUUGCAUUGUUCUACUGUUUUCUGAUCGAAUUAUGCUGAUGGAA